AUGGAUUUGAAUAUGAUUGAUCAGUCAAGAUUCCAGAUAGCCUUGUUGGGAUCUGGAUUUGUGGGGAAAAGUUCUUUUUUGAAGCAAUAUUUACAUGGUGGUUUUUCUGAUGACUACACUGAAACGGUGGAAAACCUAUACUUUCAACAAUAUAUGAUAAACGGAACAAUGAAAUAUGUCAAUUACUUAGAUACAGCCGGAAGUAUGGCAUUUCCUUCAAUGAGGCAACUUUAUGUUUCAAAAUCAACAGGCUUUAUUCUGUUCUUUUCAAUAGACGAUGCGGAAUCAUUUAAAAGUAUUAAACGGAUUUGGGAAGAAAUUAAGACUAGCCGCCACUCUUUACGAAGUAUUCCUUGCAUCAUUGUUGGGAACAAACUAGACAAUGAAGAUAAGAGAGAAGUGGAAACAUUUGAUGUUUUAGAAUGGGCUUGCAGUGAAAAUCUUGGGGGAUGUUUUCUUGAAAUUUCUUCUAAAGACAAUGCAAGUGUGAAAAAUGCUUUUGAUAUGUUAUUAGAGCAGUUUGGCAAUACAAGAACGGAACAUAGAGGACCAUUUCGAAUUCAUUCAACCAGUUUCGACAGACAAAACAACAAUUCAAAUAGACAUACAGUCACUAAAAAAAGGUUUGGAAAGAGGGUUACUUACAACAAAGUUAUUCCAUCAUGCAAAUCAUUCCAAAAGACUAUAUUUGAUGAUUUCAUACGGCAUACGAUUUACAUGGUGCAACACCAUCAGCAUAUUAGACGUUCGGUGAAGAAAAAAAGUAGUUUGACAGACAAAGAAGGCAUUCAGAAUAAGCAUCUUUGUAAUGAUAAAAUUAGACACAAAGAAUCAAAAGGGAAGAAAAAAAUGCAUGGCAAACGUAAUGCUAAGAUUGAACAGUGCCAAAAGUUUUUACAGGUUGUAUUUCGACAAAAACGAGACAAGUCAGAAAAACAAUAA